CAAACUUAAACUAACUGCGAUUUGCACUUCAUCCUUCUCUAAUAUACUACUGAUGAUUCGCCAACGGCCAGAAAGCACUUCUUCUCCAUGAUCAGUGACAGAUUUGUAUGUUUUUGCAGAUAUUUUUGCUCUGGUUCUUGUGAACACUAUUUAUACUAUCUUUUGGAAUCAAUAUAGCUUUCAGUGCCCCUUUAGAUGGAGUCAGUUAACCAAGAAAUGUAAGAUGCCAAGGUUGCCAUAGAAAAUAUCAUGUAGAGUGGCAGCCACACAGUAUAUAAACACAAGCUCUCCUGGUCUAUGGAUAUGCUCACCGAAGCAUUGUCAAGAAGAUUCAUCAACAGACAUGGAGGCCGAGUGCGCAUCCUACUGGCGUUCUGUCGAUGCAAUCUGUGAGGAGUCGGAGAUGAUUGCGCACCUGCAGUCAUUGUUAUGGAGCAGCAGUGAUGUCGAUCUGGCCCCUUCUUCCAAUGUUUCGUACAGUUUGCCUGGAGGUUCUCCCUUUUGUAUCAACAACAAUGAGAACAGUGCAUUGGUGAGCAGUAGUAACCCACAUGAAGAUGUUGACACUCGCGCUUUAACACAUGGGGAAAAGGUAGGCAGCAAGAGGAAAGCUGAGACACAUAAGGAGAAGAACCAUGGCGUGGAAGGGCACGCUGCUCCCUUGGCACCAAGAGGUUGCAAGAAAUCCAAAGCCAGCUCACAGAGUUGCUACGCAAAGAUGAGGAGGGAGAGAAUUAAUGCAAGGUUGAGGAUACUUCAAGAUCUGAUUCCUAAUGGCAAAAAAGUGGACAUCAGUACAAUGCUGGACGAAGCAGUUCAGUAUGUAAAGUUUCUUCAUAUGCAAAUCAAGUUGUUGAGUUCGGAUGAGUUGUGGAUGUAUGCACCCCUUGCCUAUGACAGCGUCAACAUGGGGAUGCGCCUGAAUUCGUCGGUACAAGAAUGACAAUGUCCACUGAAAUUGUCUUUAUUCAGAAAUAUGUUUAGCAUUCACGAAGAAUGACAAUGUCCACUGAAAUUGUCUUUAUUCAGAAAUAUGUUCCAUCUUAGCAUUCAUGUUUUGUUCCAAAUAGAUAUAGCACAUGCUGCUAUACGGUUUUAACCUAUUUUUUCAUUAUGUAACACCCCCUUCGUGUACAAUAUCAAUACUUGUACUGUAUUUAUAAAAAGGUUACUAUACCGAUGUUAUUUACUGGUAUUAUGUAACACUC